AGAGAGAGAGGAAGUGAGAGAUGAUCAAAAUAAAUAUAAGAGAGUUCACGCUAAUGUCGACAAUUGGAGCACUUGGUCCGUAAUGGGUUAUCAUGAAAUGUUCUUUCCGUUCUCCCUUCUCUAUAAUUUUUACUGUUAACGCAUACUUUCAUUGGUGGGAGACCGAAAAGAGAAGAAGAUAUGCCGUUUCCGGACAACGACAUUCCAAUCAACGGGCUUAGUAAAAACUACGAAAUAAUUCAACGAUCUAAGGGUGAUGAAUUUCUUUCCCCAUCCACGGUCAAACACAAUCGUCAGUCCACGUACACGUUCGAAACUUUGCAGGAAUCUGCACAGUUUUUACUCAAUCGUGUUAAAACACGUCCAAAAAUAGGAAUAAUAUGUGGUUCUGGUAUGGGAUCAUGUGAGCAAAACGAGUUAUGUCCAGGUUCGAUCGCUGAUUCCAUAGUCGACAAAUACUGCUUUCCCUACGAAGAAAUACCACAUUUUCCUGUAUCAACAGUAGAAGGACACACGGGACAGAUGGUAUUUGGUCAUAUCGAGGGUGUUCCGGUUAUGUGUAUGCAAGGAAGAUUUCAUUAUUACGAGGGUUAUCCACUUUGGAAGUGUUCAAUGCCUGUCAGGGUGAUGAAGCUAAUAGGAGUUACUCACCUUAUUGCUACAAAUGCUGCUGGAGGACUAAAUCCAACUUAUCAGGUCGGUGACAUUAUGAUAAUGAAGGAUCAUGUGAAUCUGAUGGGUUUCGCUGGUAACAAUCCUCUUCAAGGACCCAAUGACGAUCGAUUCGGUCCUAGGUUUCCAUUAAUGAACAAAGCUUACAAUACUGAAUUAAUUAAAAUAGGAGAAGAAGUGGCAUCAGAAAUGGGUAUCAAUGAUAUAGUACAUAAAGGUGUAUAUACCUGUUUAGGUGGCCCUAAUUUUGAAACGGUUGCCGAACUGAAGAUGCUUCAAAUAUUUGGUGUCGACGCCGUUGGUAUGUCCACGGUACACGAGGUGAUAAUAGCAAGGCAUUGCGAUUUGACAGUCUUUGCCUUUAGCCUAAUCACAAACCUAUGUUCGACCGAUUAUGAUGAUCACUCUGAGAUCAAUCAUGAGCAAGUGAUAGACGUUGGAAAGACGAGGCAACCGAUACUUCAUGAAUUCAUUUCAAAGAUUGUUAUGCGUAUAAAGGACAUGAUAGAUAUUGAUAAGAAAUGAUUUUUCAUAUUUUCAUUAUCGAGUUAGAAUGAAUCGUAAGAUCCUCGCUUUUGUUAUAUAGCAAGAGAAUUAUUUGACAUUGACAAAAAAUUUACAAUUAAAAUCUCGCUAAUGUAAGAUAAUAAAGAAGAAAGUGAUCAAGGAUCUUUUAACGAAGAUAUUAUUUUAAAAUAUGUAAUUAAUUGUUUACACUGGGCCUUUUAUCGAUUACAACAAUAUUUUAGAUACAAUGUAGUUCAAUCCUUGGUUAAGAAUAUAUCGAAAUAUACGAGAUAUUCAGAAUAAUUUUGAUAACUUUUAUAUAUUUGCAAAUUUCCAAUGUAAUUUAUUUUAUUUUUGCAGUUAAUUAUUACUUGUACAUAUUUGAAAAUAACGAUUGGCAUUCUAACGUUGUAGAAUUUUGUAUGUACAUACAUAUGUAUGUCCAUAUAUUAACAGAUCAAUUCUAAAUCGACGAUAGAAAAAAUAUUGAAUAUUUCUUUUUAAUAAUAAUCGGAAGAACAGUAAAUAAGAGAUAUUCCAUUAAUAUGUCCACUUUGAGGUUAUAUUAUUUUUAUUAUUAUUGAUAAUGAUUGAUAUGAUUUUUAUUAUUAUCAGCAUAUAUUAAGGAACAUAAAACAUAAGAUAAAGGGAUUAUUUUUGAUUUGUUCAUGCUCAAAUAGCGUGAUCCAUGCAUUUAUUCAAUUUUGUUAAUGUUAAGCUAAAAUACGCGGUGAAUGUCUGUUGAAACGUUAAUGUUAAUUAUUAUUAUUUUUUUUGAAAUUUUAUAAUAAUUGUCAUGAAAAUCAAUAGAACAAACAACAAUAGGCGAUCUAUGCACAGUCGUUAUUGCACUGUGGCCUGGAUAAAUCUUAAAGGCUUUCUAUGAGAAUAAAAUAUAGAAAAUCAAAAUAAUAUAAGGAAGGAAAAAUAAAAAAAUAAAUAAGUCGUUUGUUUUCUGUUUUCGAUUAUUUUUUUUUGAUUUAAUAUUUAUAAAGAAUGAAUGUUUCGUUGCAAAGCACAGAAAUAUAGUAAUACAUCUAAUACAAAAGAAAUUGGAUAUAUAUAUAUAUAUAUAAUGAUCCUUUAUUUUUUGUCAUUAUAUAAUUUAUGGAUAUCCAUUUCGACAAAGUCUGUAAUUUUAGUUGAAACAUUAAAAAAAAAAAAAAAAAAAAAAAAAAAAAAAAAAAAAAAAAAUAAAAAAAAAAAAUAAAAGAAAAAAAAGAAAAAAUCAAUUUUUUUUAAACAGAUCUUCAUAUUUGUUUAUAUAGUAAUUAUAAGUUUUAAUGUGUUAAAUAUCGUAAUAUUUUUAAUUUAUGCUACAAACCGUAAGUGGUGACAGGAAUUUAAAGGAUCGAUUUGUAAAACAUAAUUUAUAUAUUAUGAAUUAUUGAAGAAUUAUAUAAUAAAUUAAUUUGACUGUUAAUUAAUUUCAAACUGUAUAUUAUAUUUAGUAGUACAAAAUUAAAAUAAUAUUCAAUAUAAAGUCAUAUGUCUCGAAAACACAAGAGCCUCAGAGAUUUAAAUAUUAAAUAUAUAAUAAUAUUACAUAAGCAUUUAAUACACGUUCUUUUAUCGUUUAUAUAGAAAAUUUUACGAGACUUUAGAUAAUUAUAAAAAAAUUUUUAUUUUAUAUAAAAAAUAUAUUUGAAAAUUCUUUAUAAUUAUUUCUAAAUUAUAUAUCAGAUUAAUCUAAAACUCCGUAUUUGUACAAUUUUUUCUAAAUUCAUUUGAUCAUUGUUACUAUCAUCUUUUGAAAAUUUCAAUCGAAUUAUAAAUAUUUUUCUAUUAUAUAUAUUCUAUUAUUAUUCGACUUAAAUUGUUUAUAUAUUAAUUAUAAAUUAUUUUAAUUAAUACCGACUAUAUGUUAAAAUAAUUUCUUAAUUAUUCUGUUAUUAUUAUUAUUAUUAUUAUUAUUUUUAUUGUUGUUGUUCUUAUUGCGUACGGUACUUACUUGUAAAUUAAAUAUUAUCUUUUACAAUUCUGAGUGAAGUGAAAACAAUCUUUCACCACCAUUCUAUUAUGUAAUUAUUAUUAUUACUAAUAUUAAUUAAUCAAACAAUAAGAAAGAGUUGCAUUUACGAUUAAAUGCGAUUUACUUAAUUAAGUAUGCAAAGAGAAGAUCGUUACCAUUUAUUUUUUCGGUGUUUGUAUCGAGGAAACAAAAAAAAAAAAAAAAAAGGAAAGAAAAAAAAGAGAAAAGAAGAAAAAAAUAAAAGAAUAAUAAAAAAAGGGAAGCGAAAUGUUAUUUGACAUGAAAGCUUCUAUUACCUUCUUCUAAUUAAUAAUUUAGGAUCGAUCUUCUUUAAUUAGUUUCAUUAAGAACUAACAUAUCCUCCAAAAGUUAUCAAAAUUAUAAUCCUUUUAUUCUAAUAAGAAAGAUAUCUCUAUCGCUGGUAACUUGUAGCAGGAUCUAAACAGAAAAAAUUAACGUAACAUUAAAACUUAGAUAUUGUUAUUUUUUUUUAAUUUAUUUUUAUUUAAUUUUUUUUUUCAUUUAUUUCUUUUUUUUUUUUUCAUUUUUCAUCUAUACAUAAAAGACUUAAUUAGUUUCAAAUGAAAUAAAAAAUAUAUGUAUAAUACGAUUAUAGGAAUGAUUAUUGAGUGGUACAUUAUGUAUAUAGAAAAAAAAUUCAACCAUAUCAUAUCACUAUUUUCGUUCGACAUUAACACACUUUUUUUUUCUAUUAAUUUUUCCAAUAAUACAAUUGGCUAUAGAGCUGUCACAAUCACACGUUGACGAAUACAUUCACGGCUUAUCGUCAGAGGACUUGUUAUAGAAAAAAUAUCAUACGUUUCACAGAUUGAUAUUAUUGAUUGAUAUUAUAAAAAAAAUAAGUCUCUCUUUUAUAACUGUUAUAGCAAAUCUAUUUUCUCAUUUUUCUUAAGGUAGUACUGUUCUAGACUGUGGUCGAAGUGCAAUUGACAACGAUUGCAGUCAACGGAACCUUCUGCGCAUGUCCAUGAAAAGAAAAAAUAAAAAGCAAAUAUUUUUCUCUCCCUUCUAAUUUCCCAUAAUUGUCGGGAACAGCCACAUGUUUCUCUACUUAAGUGCAACAUAUUUUUAAUAGGAACAUAUUAUAUAGGCAUAUAAACGUAUAAAAAGUUUCGUCAUCCUUUAUGAAAGGAAGAUUUAUCUUUGUAUAGAGUAAAUUAUUAUAAAUUUAUUAUUUUUUUUUUUUUUUUUACAUGAGGUGUGCUACUCAUUCUAAUAGAUGGUAAUUAGAAUUAAUAAUGAAAUAAUAUUGAUGAAAAGUAGAAAGGGGAAUAAGUAUAUCGAUUACUUACUAUACCUUCGAAAACGUAAGUUAGUUCACAAUGGCUACGAGACGUGUAAACUUGUUCGAACAGCACUUUCUCUUUUCGAAUCGAUUAGUUCAAUUAAUAUUGGGGUUACGUCCCGAUCAAAAUUCGAACGAUCUAUUAUUCAUAUUUCCUGCAAUAACUAUUUAUGUAUUACCAGCGAUUAUACAUCAGGUGAUAAGUGUAUUUAUUUAAAUCUAUAGACAUCUAAUAAUUCUAUUAUAACUUUUAUUAUAUU